CGUCAGUGUCAGAUUGACCCACCCACGUACCCGACGUUCACAUUCUCCCAAACACUCUCUUCCCUUCUCUUACACUUUUAUCUUUCAAAUUUGUAGUAAUUUAAAAAAUAAUAAUAAUAAUAAUUCAUAACUUUUUUAGUUAGUGUUUUCUUUUAGAUCACCACAUACACACUUAACAACAAACCCAACCAUUUCUAAGCUUCAAUUUUUUUUAAAAUACUUUUCUGUUUGGAUCUGCAUUUUCUCUCUGCUCUCUACUAAUAAAUUUUUUCUGCUUUUUUUUGUUUUUUUUCUUUCUUCCGAAGGUUAAAGAGUGAUGGCUGCGGAGCUCUUGGAAGUUCAGCCUCGCGAAAUCGAGUUUACGUUUGAAUUGAAGAAACAAAGCUCGUGUUCUAUACAACUGAUUAACAGGUUUGUUGAUCAGUAUGUUGCUUUCAAGGUGAAGACUACAUCUCCUAAAAAGUAUUGUGUUCGGCCUAACAUAGGCGUUAUCAAGCCGAAAGCAAGUUGUGAAUUCACAGUUACCAUGCAAGCUCAGAAGGUAGCUCCACCUGAUUUUCUGUGCAAAGACAAGUUCCUGGUUCAAAGCACUAUUGUGCCCUUUGGAACAACUGACGAAGACAUUACAUCUGGCAUGUUUUCCAAAGAAAGUGGGAAAUACAUUGAAGAAAAGAAGCUGAGGGUAGUUCUCACCAAUGCACCCACUUCCCCUGUUCUGCUUCCAAACAACGGAGAGUUGAAAAAAGAUCCAUUUUAUGACACUUCAUUGCACAAGGAUAUCUCACAGAAUGGCAUUGAAAACAUACCUCCACCUGAAAGGCAGUUAGAUGAGGAUAUUUCCAGCUUUCAAUCUGCUAAGGUUAUUGAGGAGUUAAAGACUGUAAAGGACGAGGAGUCAAGACCAGCUGAUGAUGCAGAGGAAUUGGAGUCAGCUAAGGACGUAGUGGAAGCAAAGUUAGUUAAGGAUUUUGAGGAGUUAAAAACAAGGCUACAUUUAAUGGACUCAAAACUAAGAGAGGCUGAUCAUAAGAUUAUGAAGCUGACUGAUGAGAGUAGCACAGCCAUUAGAGAGAAGAAUAUGCUCAAGCAAGAAGUAGAGUUGUUAAGGAGGAACAAGGUGAAAAGAAUUCAGAUGGGUUUUCCGCUCCUGUAUGUUUGUACAGUUUCUCUCAUCAGCCUGGUAAUUGGAUACCUCAUACAUCCAUAGGAGGAAUACUUUUGUAACUUAGAAUGGUUUUGUGCUGAUGGACACAUACAGGUGGACUUGAUUGCUACCCCAGAUAUGUUAUUUUUGCCCUUUUGUUCAUAAUUAUCAUAUUUGAUGUUUGAUAUGUAGGAGUCUGUUGAAAUGGUGCGUAUAAAGAGAACUGAUCUUUGUAAUAAAAGAUAAUAGUAACAAUCUAAAGCAUGAAAACAUUGUCAAAAGGGACAGAAUUUCAGAGUCGUAAAA